AUGUGGCUGUCCGGGCGAGUUCCUCACUCGGAUGUGGGAAGGUGGCUGUACGAAAACUCGCACACGGUUCCUCCAACAUAUUAUACGCAAGCGAGCAGUUACCAGUGGAUACCGGGCAUCAAGAUUCCUCGCCUGACGCUUCAUUCGAAGGACGAUCCAAUGGUUGCACCUCGUAAUUUGCUGCACAAGGAAAUUGAGAACAGUAGCCAUGUUGUGAUGGCGAGUACACAUGCAGGUGGUCAUGUCGCAUGGUUCACAGAUAAGGAGUCAAGGUGGUUCACUAUACCUACGAAAGAAUGGGUUCUUGCACUUUUAGACGUCGACCCCUCCCCCAAACGGCCCGUACCUGCGUUGCCGGCAGACGCAAAGGGGAUUGUUCGGUCUCAGCAAUGGCCUGACCGUAUUGGGUACAAGUGCCUCGAUAGCGCUGAAGGGUUGGUGACUGCCAGAAUUUACAAUCAAGACGCUCAGGCGCCAGCCAUUGGAUCAUGA